CCGUCGCUCCCCCAAUCGGCCGCCGCCUCCGCCGCGUCUCGUCCACUUGAAGAGCAACAUCUCUUUCACUCCUCGAACCCUAGCACCUCCAAAUCAAUCAUUCUCGAUCUCCGCGCGAGAAUGAGAUCCUCCUCCACCUCCAGCCUCCAGGUACGCCCCCGACUCCAUUGCUCUCAUUUGUGAGGGUUGUAUGACAUCCAUCUGCGGCGGGGCGGGGCGGGUGGAGACGCCGCCCAUUUCUUCUCAACACGGCUAGCAUGCGACAGAGGAAGCCCUCAAACUGAUGGGCUAGGAUGCUUGGCUUCGAUUCGAUGUUGGUGCUAUAUGAUUAUCACAAGACUUCGUGUUAAUCUUUCUAAUCAUUACCCAUCACCAACUGCUACUUCAUUUUACACUUGCUGCUUUAAUUUAUUUACCUUACAUUUUGCUACUCACAUAAACUUUGUUCCAGAAACAUUGUUUGAAAAUAUGGUGAUUUUUUUAACUAUUGUUGAUAAAAACUUGGUGCUGUUAUGGACCUGGCCUGAUCUGUGGUGGCGAAUGAGUGAGGGGAUGGCAUCACUCUAUAUAUGCGAAAAGCCGAAAACAGCCAUGUGUUCUGCUCUUUGUUCCUUUUUGUUUAAGUUUUGUUGCUGGGAUAACACUUUGUAGCCUGCCUCUCAUGAAUCAUGAUGGAAAUGGAAGGGGUCUCCCUCUUCUGGCUAUAAUACAUUUGCUUCUCAAAUAUUACAGUACAUUUCUAAAGGAAAGAAAAAAAAAGAUAUGGUAAAUUGAAACUUCCAUGCCUUUUUCCAUAUCUAUUUAUAGGUUUUGCACGUGUUGUCCAAAUGUGAUCCUUUAUAGAGGUCACACCUUUAUCCAGGUUUCUUAUCCGAGCUAAUCGAAAUCCAAGAACAAAAAUACUACUGUGGCAAAAAAGAAUAAGGAAGAACAUAAGGAACUCCCACAUGUCCAAAAAUGGAAGCAAUUAGUUUGGUUUCAAUACAGGCCACAAAAGAAAUGGUCAGCUCAACUCCUACGGUUGAGGCUCACACCUCAUUCACCCUGUCCUGAGCAAUCCUUUUUAGGCUCCUUCCUGCAAGGCUGCAACUAUAUAGGCCGAUGAGGACAGAAGGGGGAAAAAACACAGGCGCAUUCUACCGAGAGGCACAGGGGUUGCAAGAAGUCGCCUAAUUCUCCUAUUGAAUUAGGCACAUCUUCGCCCCCACAUUGCCUCUCAUUGUAAAAUAGUAUCAACUGAUAAUCCACAGGAACUAAACAACAAUUAAAUCCAAUUAUGGACGGAUUGGUAGGCCUCUUGAAAAUACGGGUGGUGCGUGGGAUUAACCUUGCCUACCGCGACACAAGAGGCAGUGAUCCAUAUGUCGUCCUUCGCCUCGGCAAGCAAAAAGUGAAGACUAGUGUAAAGAAGAAAUCUGUGAAUCCUAUUUGGCAUGAAGAGCUAACUUUGUCGAUCAUGAACCCUAUUGCACCGAUUAAGCUUGGGGUGUUUGACAAAGACACUUUCAGUAGAGACGACCCAAUGGGAGAUGCAGAAAUAGACCUGGAGCCCUUCAUGGAAGUUCUGAACAUGGACCCGGAGAACAUUCGGAAUGGUUCCAUCAUAAAAACAAUUCGACCAUCCAACCAGAACUGCCUUGCUGAUGAGAGUCACCUAUUCUGGAGGAAUGGUAAAUUUGUCCAGGACAUUAUUCUCCGACUUAGAAACGUCGAGAGUGGUGAGCUGCAAGUGCAACUGCAAUGGGUGAAAAUUCCUGGCAGGCACUAAGUGUCUCAUGGCCAUUGGGAGAUCUUGGCUACUGAGAUAUCAUUGACAUUUCCGAAUGCCAAAACAUAUAUUGUGCGAAAUGGAUCAUGUCAACCAUUGGGGCUGUAAAUACUGUGCAAAAAAUGAAUCAUGUCAAGCACGUUUUGAUGUGGAGGUUGUGACCAGCAAAGGGUUCAUCAGGUUAGUCAAUGUCUGUAGGAAAGGAAAAUGAUGUUAAAAUGUUGUUGCCGAAAUGUAUUGGGAGCAUGAUCAGUAAAGCUUGGGAUGACAUAAUCAAAUAGUACAAACGAUAGGACCAUGUUUGCCUGUGCUUUUGCAACAAAUCAAUCACAAAUACUGUUUCUCAUGUGGAA